AUGGCUGACGAAAAUGAGAAGAACGAGAUAUAUGAGCAAUUAACGGCAGCAAUAUGUAAGAUACCUCGCACAGACAUUCUGAUACUUAUGGGCGAUUUCAACGCAAAAAUUGGACAAAGGAAUCCCGAAGAAGAAUGUUCAGCCAUGAAAUACAUGGACUUGGUACAGGAACUCAUCGUCACUGAGAUUCCACUAACUGAGGAGGGAAUCCAAAAAAUAUAUAGAAGGUCUGGUGAAGAAGUUGUUGGGACUGUAAGUUCAGAAAGGAAGUUGUGGAUAUCCGACGAUACGUGGGAGUUAAUCAAUAGAAGAAGAGCUUUGAGAAGAAAACUUCUUACAGACACACACAACAGUGCGGUGCGAGAACAACAUAGAAGAAUUUGUAAAGAAGGUAAACGAGCAGCCAGAAAUGACAAAAGAAGAUGCUACAAUAACAUCGCUGCAGAGGCACAGGUCGCAGCUGAACAAUACAACACCAAACAAUUAUAUAAGAAAGUAAGGUUACUUUCGAAUAAAGGUCUCAACAAAGAACAUGCCAUCAAAGAUAAGAAUGGCAACAUAAUAACAGAAACACAAAAACAAAUUGAGAGAUGGGUUGAGCACUUCAAUGAGUCAUCCAACACGCAGUUUCCAGAUUUCAGUCCGGGGGUCUGGAAAAGUCGAAACGAAGAACACAACAAUAUAAACACGAGCCCAUCGUCAUCAAAAUUUGGCAAACUGAAAAUAUAUGCAAAGAAUGGAAAAAAGGAAUUAUAG